AAUAUCGCCAAACACACAAUGCAGCUAUUUGCACUCUUGAACUCCAUUUAACAAAAACAUUAAUAAACAACUAAGUGACCGUGUACCAUUAUUAGUGCAGGCUUACUUAUAUUUACUUAUUUCGCCAACCGCGUUAACACAACACUGCACAGUAAAUGUUCAGGGGUCACCCGGAUAUGGCGUUUUACGUAAACACGCCAGAGGUAGUGGCGUUUUGUAUUAAACUGGAGCGCGGAGUGGGUUACUUUAGUGUACACAUCUGUCACAGUUGAAACAAAAACAGAAAUUUGAUCCAUGCACAGAAAGUCACGCUUUCAGAAUAUGAGCGGUCAGGAGAGACAUGGGGCUGAAGCAAAGACAGAAGACUCAAUUCCCUGUGGUACCUGUACCACUAUGUGUCCUGUCUCAGAGGUUCGGCGGCGGGAGACAGAGAGGCAGUUGCAUUGCUUUGAGAUGGAACGUGGGACAGAGAAAGAUCGCAAGCCCCGUGCUGAUCUCUCCCGCACUGUUAAAGAGUACUCGCGUCCUGCAGCUGGUAAAGAUAGCACCAGAGCCUGUGACCUGCGACCUCCAGACGUGCUGUUCAAAACAGUGUGUUACUUGGUGGAUGAGAUAGCGGCCUCAUCUACACUUCAGCCCUGGACUGAGGUCUACAGCUUUGUGUUCGACCGUUUGCGCAGUGUACGGCAGGACAUGGUCAUCCAGCGUGUGUCUGGCAGGGAGUGUGUAGCGGUGCUUGAGAGAACAGUGCGCUUCCAUCUCUACGCAUCAUACCGACUAUGUGGUGCACCUCUGCAGCUCUUCGACCCACAUAUAAAUGACACACACCUGCAGGAGUGUCUAAGCUGGCUGUUGGAAUGCUACAGCGAGGGACAGUUUGAGCAUCAGGCAGAAUUCCAGGCCCUCAGCCUGCUCUACAACCUGGGUUCCACAAGGACACUGCAGCGUUCCCUUGAGCUGCCAGACAAAAUUCGUCUCACUCCUCCCGUUCAGUUGGCUCUGGCGAUUAAUUGGGCUUAUAUGGAGCGCAACCCUGUGCGUCUCCUACGUCUGGCCCAAAAACUGGACUUCAUACAAGCCUGUGCCCUUCAUAGACACCUAUUGUCCUGCAGGAGAGAUUUGCUUCUGCUCUACAGCCAUGGAUACAACAGCCGAAACUGUCGCUUUCCCGUCCAGAAGUUAGCAGACAUUCUCGAUCUGGAGUGUUCACUGGCUGGGCAGCUUUGCCUGGCACAUGGACUCCAAGUGAGCGGGGACUGCGUUGUCUUCUCUAAAGCCUCCUUUAGUGAGAGCCCUUGUAAAGAGCUGCAGUGUGAACGAAUGCACAAAUUGGUGAAUGAUGAGCAACAAGACCUUUCAGUUGGCAACAUCAUUCAUGGCAUUGCCUGAACACGUGAUUUUAAAAAGGGUGGUUCAAUCAAAGGUAUUUACAUUUUUUAUAUACUGUAAGUUUACUGUUUUUAAUUUGUUUUUACAUUUUUUUAGGUGUACAGUAAUAAAGAAUUUUAUUCAUGGUUUUUGGCAAAAUACAAUUUUCUGAUUUUUUCUUCAUAUGACUUAGACCUUCCUAAGAAUUACAAACUUAUGUGGUAUCUCUAAUUAUUUGCAAAUUCUGGCCUUAUAAUUGCUACUGCUGAGUAGUAGAUCUCAUCUUGUGGUAUGAGAUUGAUAUUUCUCCUUUCUAAGUCUUCUUAAAAAAUGUUUUUUUGAUACCUUUACCCAUUGGCUUCUUGGUUUGUUGAUGUCACUGACUUGUUUUUUGGUGAUUUAUUCACAGCUGUUACAAUGUUUUAACCAGUAGUUUCUUCUAUUUAUUUAUUUAAUUUUUUGUGGUGGAGGGCGUGGUGUUCACAAAUUGUUGUCUUGUAUUUAUACAAUUACAGUUUUGUGGUCUUGGUGUUGGUUUAUCUUUUUUAACAACAAAUGCAGUCUUCACAGGCGAAAACCAGGGCUGCAUCCAAGAAUAGACAUUCACAUUAAUUCUAUAAACAGUUAUUAAAACAGACCACUUGAAACACGUUAUUUUUGAUUACUUGAAAAAUGAGUGGGUUCAAACAAAAUAUGUUCUUUUGUUUAACACAACUAGGUGUAAGUAUAAGAAAAUAAAAGCUGAAAUUCUGA